GCGACGUUGGACGCACGAAUUGUUUCUACCGCAAGACGACCAACCAAUUAAAUUAGAGCUAGCUAAAAAUUUACGCGUUUUGCGUAUUCUGUUCUAAAACUGUUUGGUUGGGUAGGUAGCUGUCGGUGUAGGUAACUUCUUCGCUAACGUAAAAUGGUUGUGUUGACCAACAGCAACAACAACAACAACGAAGAACAAGCUUAUAUAUGUCUCCCCAGCCUGACAGAAGAGCACCGCACCUCUUUGCCGGGCUCCCCAGGCAAACGUGUGUCUCCUGCCAAGAGGAAACAGUUCUUUAUCAACCAGGCCAUACGCAACUCUGACCUCACCCCGAAAGCUAAAGGCCGGAAGAGUCUGAGACGACAGGAGAACACUCGCUACCUGGCCAACCUCUUAGAGAGAGAUGAGUGCUCCAAAGAUGAAGGGGAAAUAUGUGGAGACCCUGCCUCACCCUCUAUCUUCACAGAAGCCUGUACCAAUGGCAGCUAUGUCCAGUCCUGGAAUGACUUCAUGAAUCGCUCCGGUGAAGAGCAGGAAAAGCUACUGGCUCUUCUGGAGGAGGAGGCACAGAGAAGCCGCACUACGAAGCUCUCUAAGGACCAGAGAGAGGUGGAUCCAGCUUACAACGUUCAGGACUACUUCCAGAGGAUUGACCGAAGGCUGAGAACUACACUGAAGCGCAAACAGAUUCCCCUUGGGACGUUGGAAGUACUGGAGGAGGAUCUGUUGCGUUUUUUCGCUGCUCAGCCCCAUUCUGUUUACAUCACUAGACUUGGCAGCAGUUAUGAGAGACUGCUGCUUCAUGCUGUCUGCCAGUACAUGGACCUCGUUUCAGCAAGUUCUGACUGCAAUGGUGCUCGCCAGACGGAGGUGGUGAAUAAACAAGAGGAGUUCCUGCCCCCAAGGCCUCUGCUGUCUGCCUACCUGGAACAGCUGAGCUGAGAAAGGCAUUCUGGAUGGGAGGGAGAGAAUCUGUGCAUCACACUGCAGCCUGUACUUAUUACUUUGCCAGUAUAACUUCAGUAAGCAGCUUUAGAGUGAAAAGACCUGGUUUGUGUCCUGAAUGUAUACCUUAGGUGUGCAGCUGGAGGCACCACUUCAGAGAAUGAGAGGGGAAGGACAGGGAAACUGUCUCAGAGAGCACAAACCUUUAGAUUGCUCGUCCUGCCUGAAAGUUAGUUUGUAUGGUGUGUUGCUCAUCUUUUAAUGAAAUGGGGGCACAGCACAUCCAAAUAGGUAAUAUUUAUGUAUAGAAAAUCUAAGUUACGACUUAUCAUACUUUGCACAGCAUUCUUAUUGUUGGUUGCGAAUGUAUUGUUUUAUCCAUGACUGCAUCCACAACGUACUCUUCUUGUAAGAAAGUGUAGGAUGCACUCAGGUUUGUUUCUGCAUGAAAUUAUUUUUGGGAAGUUAUUUCUUCUUUCAUUUAAGUAAUAUGCUUCUGGUGUGCUUUAUAUGUCUGCGUUUCUGUGAUCAUUAUGGAGCUAAUAAGGGGUUAUUUUCUCUAUUUAUUGGCAGCAUACUGGAAAAUACAUGGCCAUGAUUUUAUAGGAAUUCCAAAUGAUCCAUUCAAUAGAAUCUGCAUACUUUCAUUUGUUUCAUUUCAGAAGAAAAUCCAGUGCAUAUUUUGUUUAUAAUGCAAGUGUAUUGCAAAGUGAACAACUCAAAAGAUGGAUUACAAAACUAAGCAUCGAUCCAAUUGCAUUUGUACUGCAUUUAGAAUAAUUAUUUUAAAAUGAGCAAUAUUGAUUCAGUAUUUAAUUUUCAUAUUACAUCGUUCUUUUGAACUCUAAAUAUGAACCAGUUUUUAUGUCAGCCUGGUUCUCAUCUGUUCUCGGGAAGGAAGGUCAUUGUCACUAUCUCUGUUCAUCAGAGUAAUAGGAUUCCAGAAGGAUUCUGGUGCUGUUUUUUAAAGUGUUUUUUUAAUGCAGGUCAAUCAAAACAAUUGUCAUCUGAACGUUGUAGAUUAUAGAUAAGCGUAAUCUGUCUGAUACAUUACAUUCUUGUCCACCUGUAAAAGUGUACAUACCAUCCUGUCGAUAUGAGAGUUAUCAGGUACUGCAUUAUUACUGUCUAACAGUAGCCUUGAGUUGUCAAAUAAGGCACACACAAAGCACUUGGAAUUUCAACAGAGAUUCAACUGAUCAAUUCUUUUUUGUAGUAGGAUUUAAGUGCACACACUUCACAUUUGCAAACCAUUUACUAGCACUUAAGCCUUAUGUAUGCAUGAGGAUGUGUCAGUGAAAUGUUUAUUUAUAUGCACAUGUACAUUUGCGUGAGCGUGUAUUUAUACAAGGUGCAGAGGAGGAAGCGUACAUCCAGGUCCUUUUGAUUUUAUAUGAACUCAAGGGUACAGAGACACUAGAUUAGCCAUUUGUGUCAAUAACCAAAGUUUGCUGUAUGACUGUGCACGCAUGUGUUUGUGUGUGCCUAUGUCAAGUUCACUCCAAAGUCUCUUAAGCAUUCAGCCGCCUCAGAAUGUUUUUCCAGAACUUCAUAUUGUCUCCAGAUUAUAAUACUUUUAUACAAUGUGGCCAUUUUAAAGUGAUCAACUGGAGUAUUGACUCAGUCCCUAAUUAAUCCCCUUUUUCCACGAACUAUUACAGUGCUACCUUUAUGAGUUUAUUAUGAAUAGUUUGAUGUUGCCAACAUUGAAAAAAACAUUUCAUUUUAUGGUUAAAUUUCACUCACUUGUGAAAAUCCUUUUUAAAAGAUAGUAUGUAACUUUUUCUAGUAAGAGUAAUCUUUCACAGUAGGGUCAACAUUCAUGAUGGUUUCAUGAUUUAAUAAACCAUAAGAAAAAAGGGCUUUCACUUUUUAGUGGAAUGUUCAGAUGUGUAACUGGGUGUCAAAAUCAAAUUGUAUUUGGAAUUAAGUAACAAGCUUAAUGUGGUGGUGUGAUUUCUGUUGCUGAAAAUGCUUUUAUCUCUUGCAAGUCCUAUGGGUAUGUCACCAGUACUGAGGAAGAACUGUUGUACAGGUAAUUAUUAACCACACAAUUCUGGAAUGAACAAGGACUUAAAUAAAUGUUGAUUCAA